GUGUGUGUGGUAUUGUUGACCCAGAACUCACCCAGCCAAGCUCAAUGGUUGUAAAACCUGGAGAGUCUUUGAGCGUCACCUGUAAGGUCUCUGGGUAUUCUAUCAGUGAUGAUAGCUAUACCACAGACUGGAUUAGAUAUCCUGUAGGUAAAGCUAUGGAAUGGAUCGUUGACUCAGAUGGAAACUCCAAGGAUUCUUUCAAAAGCAGGUUAAGCAUCUCCAAAGAUGGUUCCAACAACAUAGUCACUUUAGAAGGGCAGAGAAGUCAAACUGAAGACACAACUGUCUAUUACUGUGUCAGACAUAAUUACACACAGUGGUGUGAAGAAAAGCAUGACCUGUACAAAAACAACAAAAAUGUCUAUUGCAGGAAACCAUCGUUCCCUAAGGACAACACAGUUCAAAUUGUCACAGUCAAAAUGGACACUUCCUGGGAAUGUGAGAUAAACUGUCUAAAAAGCUUUAUACAUAAUUAAUACAUGUAUCUGCAGUCAUAUUCAAACCAUGAAUAACAGACUUGUACAUGUAAGUUCAAAACUGUUUAAUGUUUAUAGGCAGGUUAUAAGCAGGUUUUUCUUAUAAAGUGAUACUAUGUGUUUUCUUCGUUAUUUUAGUGAUAUAAAUAAUGAACAUCCAAAUACACCAAAGGGGCUGGAGUGCCUAGUAUUAAACAGAAAGGUUAAACCAUUCAUUCAUAAUGAUGCUGACUAAAUAACAACUAUUAAAGGUUAAACCAUUCAUAAUGAUGCUGACUAAAUAACAACUAUUAAAGGUUAAACCAUUCAUAAUGAUGCUGACUAAAUGACAACUAUUAAAGGUUAAACCUUUCAUAAUGAUGCUGACUAAAUAACUAUUAAAGGUUAAACCAUUCAUAAUGAUGCUGACUAAAUAACUAUUAAAGGUUAAACCAUUCAUAAUGAUGCUGACUAAAUAACAAUUAUUUUCAGUGAGUUGAAAAAUAAAAUACAGUACGAUGAACCUUAUUAUAAGACAUUAUAAAGGCUCAGACAUGUUUAGAACAGUUAUAACACAUUGAACCUGCCAGGAAUUAGGGAAAAUGUUACCUACAACUCUAAAGGUUAAUUAAACCAUGUUAUCUAAAAAUAAAAGACUAAAAAAAAUGUAUACACUCACUAACUGUAAGUCGCUCUGGAUAAGAGCGUCUGCUAAAUGACUAAAAUGUAAAUGUAAUACUUUACAAAAAAGUAAACAAACUGUUAAAAAUGUUCUGAAGUAUUUGAACAAAUUAUAUAUAUUUGUAUUAUUACCUAUCCACAUACCAUCUGAAUGUGUUGCUAUCCUCAUAGAGCAGGUGUGUGGUACUGGUGGGAGGUUUUUGUUAUGGUUUAUACAACGGGUGUGUCUAACCCUGAAUGCUGAUUGGUUAAAACCGCAUUCCAGCCGUGUCUAUUACACAAGUUACCACCGGCUAAAUCUAUGACGUUAAAAAGCCUAUUUACUCUUUUGCAUCUGACUGCGCAUUCCACUGUCUCAUCAGCCCAGCCAGGCAGUUUAUAAACAUGAUCUCCACUAUAGCAUUUCGUUUAGACUAACAUUUAGUUUUCAACAGCGGAGAUUUGUAUAAACCUUGCUGUCUGUCUCUCCGAGAUUUGCAACAUUGUUUAAGUAUUCAAAUUCGAUCUCCAGCUGUCCCAUAGUAAUGAACCUGUGUCGGGAGUUGGGACGAGACAAACAGGCAGGCAGCGUUUAUCAGCCAGUCGAAAUCAUGAAUCAGCUGGCACCACUGUAACCCUAAUGAAACCUCACAAUAAAAAAAUUUUCACAUUUGGGUUUUUUCAUCAGAAAUGAUUACUACCUUCAUAUGUGUGUAAAAUAUUACUGUUCUCAAAUGUUUAAUUCAUAGAUUUUAUAUGUGUAUGAUUUUAUUUUGACAAAACCAUGUGCUGUAUAUCCAUUGUCUAGCUGCAAUGAAAUGUUCGUAGCAGUAUAUUUGAAUUUGAUAUGUGGUUGUCUCACCUAGCUAUUUUAAGAUGAAUGCACUAACUAUAAAUCACUCUGGAUAAGACAAUUUUCUAAAUGACUAAAAUGUCAAAAGUAAAUGUUUUACAUACAGAUCUCAUAUUAAUGUAGUUAUGUACUACUUAUUUUGCUAAGAGUGAGGCAGAUACAUAGAAUCUCUCUGAAAUGAAGUGAUAGAUUUUGAACAAGUACAUGUCUGUCACUGAACAACCCCAUGCCAUGAUUAAAUAGUGAAAAAACACACUAUUCUCUUUCUCAAGUUGUUUAAACAAUAAAAGCUAAUUUAGCAACAUUUCUGAAAAUGUAUAUAUAGCGUUUUGGAAUGAAACUCUUCAAAUAUGCUUUUAGAUACCGGAUGAAUGUCAUUAAUGUAAACUAAAAUCAGUAAUGGACAAAGGAUAGAUCCUUGAGAAACCCCCAUAAUGUAAUGAUUAUGUUCUGAUUUAGAGCUGUUCAGUGAAGACUAUAACAAUGGAAGUGAUAAUAGUAAUUAUAUACUGUACUGUAAAGAAAUUGACAAUCCAAAAUUGACUACAUUUUGUAUUUCAUUUUGACCGUUCAUAAUGCAGGUCAACACAGUUAAUAACAGUCUUAACCUUUUAUACCAACUCUAUAUGCAAAGGAGCCUAACACACCACCUCUCUCUCUGAAUAAAAAGUGACUGUCUGUCUCAGAGUCAGUUGGAGUAGAGAAGAGCUCCCACCAGUUCAGCUUCAGCACAAACCAUGUUCCCUACAUCUCUGCUGCUGCUCCUGCUGGCUUCUGCCUCCCGUGAGUCUCUUGGGAUUUGGGGGAAGGAAUGGGUUGAUGCUCAAUCAAAUAUAUUGAGAAAAAAUAAUUUCAACAAUAGCCUUAACACUCCUACUAAAUACCAUAUUACUAAUUAUGUUUUUUUCCCUUAGAUGUGGUGGUCUUGAACUCAGCCAGCCAAGUUUAAUGGUUGUAAAGCCUGGUGAGUCUCAGAUCAUCAUUAUAUAUAGUCAACACAUCAUACUAAAGCCAUCCAGUCAACACAUCAUACUACAGCCAUUAUAUGUAAUCAACACAUCAUCCUAAAGCCAUUAUAUAUGGUCAACACAUCAUACUAAAGCCAUUAUAUAUAGUCAACAAAUCAUACUAAAGCCAUUAUAUGUAGUCAACACAUCAUACUAAAGCCAUUAUAUGCAGUCAACACAUCAACCUAAAGCCAUUAUAUAUAGUCAACACAUCAUACUAAGGCCAUUAUAAAUAGUCAACACAUCAUACUAUAGCAAUUGUGUAUAGUCAACACAUCAUACUAAAGCCAUUAUACAUAGUUAACACAUCAUACUAAAGCCAUUAUAUAUAGUCAACACAUCAUACUAAAGCCAUUAUAUAUAGUCAACACAUCAUACUAAAGCCAUUAUAUAUAGUCAACACAUCAUACUAAAGCCAUUAUAUAUAGUUAACACAUAACACUAAAGCCAUUAUAUAUAGUCAACACAUCAUACUAAAGCCAUUAUAUAUAGUCAACACAUCAUACUAAAGCCAUUAUAUAUAGUCAACACAUCAUACUAAAGCCAUUAUAUAUAGUCAAGAUAUCAUACUAAAUCCAUUAUAUGUAGUCAACACAUCAUACUUAAGCCAUUUUAUAUAGUCAACACAUCAUACUAAAGCCAUUAUAUAUAGUCAACACAUCAUACUAAAGCCAUUAUAUAUACAUUUACGUCAUUUAGCAGACGCUCUUAUCCAGAGCGACUUACAGUUAGCGCAUACAUUAUUUUAUCGAACCCACAACCCUGGCGUUGCAAACGCCAUGCUCUACCAACUGAGCUACAUCCCCUGCCGGCCAUUCCCUCCCCUAACCUGGACGACGCUGGGCCAAAUGUGCGCCGCCCCAUGAAUCUCCCGGCCGCGGCCGGCUACGACAGAGCCUGGAUUCGAACCAGGAUCUCUAGUGGCACAACUAGCACUGCGAUGCAGUGCCUUAGACCACUGCGCCACUCGGGAGAUAUAUAUUCAACACAUCAUACUAAAGCCAUUAUACAUAGUUAACACAUCAUACUAAAGCCAUUAUAUAUAGUCAACACAUCAUACUAAAGCCAUUAUAUAUAGUCAACACAUCAUACUAAAGCCAUUAUAUAUAGUUAACACAUAACACUAAAGCCAUUAUAUAUAGUCAACACAUCAUACUAAAGCCAUUAUAUAUCGUCAACACUUCAUACUAAAGCCAUUAUAUAUAGUCAACACAUCAUACUAAAGUCAUUAUAUAUAGUCAACACAUCAUACUAAAGCCAUUAUAUAUAGUCAACACAUCAUACUAAAGCCAUUAUAUAUAGUCAACACAUCAUACUAAAGCCAUUAUAUAUAGUCAACACAUCAUACUAAAGCCAUUAUAUAUAGUCAAGAUAUCAUACUAAAUCCAUUAUAUAUAGUCGACACAUCAUACUAAAGCCAUCAUAUAUAGUCAACACAUCAUACUAAAGCCAUUAUAUAUAGUCAACACAUCAUACUAAAGCCAUUAUAUAUAGUCAACACAUCAUACUAAAGCCAUUAUAUGCAGUCAACACAUCAUACUAAAGCCAUUAUAUAUAGUCAACACAUCAUACUAAAGCCAUUAUAUAUAGUCAACACAUCAUACUAAAGCCAUUAUAUAUAGUCAACACAUCAUACUAAAGCCAUUAUAUAUAGUCAACACAUCAUACUAAAGCCAUUAUAUAUAGUCAACACAUCAUACUAAAGCCAUUAUAUAUAGUCAACACAUCAUACUUAAGCCAUUAUAUAUAGUCAACACGUCUCAUCAGUAAAAUCUGAACUACAGAGAGUAGAAUAACGGACAGGGAGAAGAGAAUCAAGGAAUAGAAUAGAAGAUCUCUCCCUGUCAGGAUAUUUAAACCUCUAGAGGGCGGUCUAUGCAAAGUCUCCCUCCCCUUCAUCCCUUUAUAAUCAGACACUGAGCUCUGGCUUCUCAUUAUAGGCAGCUUGGACUGAUAUUACAACAUUACAAGUCCUGUAUUAACUAAUACUGAACAAUGGAGCUUAUGACUGUCUGGAGAUUAGUUCUCAUAGUGAUGUCCAUACACAGUAAGUAAAGCAUUACAUGGUGACUGAAGAAUGUGUGAGUAUCAUGGUAAAACUCAAAAUGUCUGUUAAUACCAGAUCUUCAACUGAGCGUCAACAUUUUUGUUUUGCAGGUGUUUUCUGUGAUGAGAUGGAUCAGUUACCUUCUCAGGUGAAAAGACCUGGAGACGCUGUUAAAUUGUCCUGUACAAUCUCUGGGUUUGAUAUGACAAGCUACUACAUGAACUGGAUAAGGCAGAAACCAGGGAAAGUACUGGAGCAGAUUGGGAAAUGAACACUGGUUCAGGCACAUAUGUUAUCUAUGCAGACUCCCUGAAAGGCCAGUUCACCCUGACUGAGGACGUCUCCACAAGCACACAGUUCUUAGAGGCCAAGAGUCUGAGAUCAGAGGACUCUGCUGUUUAUUAUUGUGCUCGACAGACACACUGACUGGAGCUGGUGAAGCAGCUGUACAGAAACCCCCUAACAACACGGCUAGGUGGUGUACUACUUCCUCUCUUUGUGUCACACUAGAAUAAUACUGAGUAUCAUUACUGUAAAGAAUACAACAUCAAUAUCACAAAGCACUACACAAUAAAAGACUCCAGCUUCUUACAUUCAAACUACACAGUCAAAUGAUCUCUUGCCCAGUCUGGUCAAGCUUUCUUCUUGUCACACAAACAAGUAAUUAACAAAGUAUUCAGAACGUAUGAAUCUGUUACCCAUCUCUGAAUUCUCUAUUUAAUCUCUGUGUGAUCUUCCCUCUGAGGUCAUCCAUCACUACUUAUCUCACUGCAGAGUGGAGGAGAGGAACUGAAGCUCUGACUAGACUGAGGAACAGAGACACACCAUAACUACUAAUAGUUCAUCAUGACAUUUACUAUUGUGGUUCUACUGAUGACAAUAGGCUUGACAGGUGAACACUAUUAGAUCGUUUAUUGUUUGAUAAAGAAUAAUCACAGAGGUUUUGAGUCCAGGGAUUUUCUCUAAUGUUACUUUGUUUCCACAGGUGUUCAGGGUCAGACACUGACUGAGUCUGGACCAGUUGUUAAAAAGCCUGGAGAUCCACACAAACUGACCUGCACAGCCUCUGGUUUGGACAUGAAUAGAUACUGGAUGGCUUGGAUCAGACAUACUCCUGGGAAAGGACUGGAGUGGGUUGCAACUAUUACCUGUGACAGCAGUGGCACUUACUACCCCCAGUCUGUUAAGGGUCAGUAAACCAUCUCCAAUAGCAUGAAACAGGUGUAUCUCCAGAUGAACAGUCUCUGCUGUUUAUUAUUGUGCCAGAGACACAGUGACACAGGAUCCUGCAGCCCUGUACAAAACCUGAUCAAGCACUUCUCUCACUAGCAAAUCAAAUCAAAUCAAAGCAAAGUCAAAUGUGAUGUGAGACAGACAAAAUAAGGAUCCAGCAUAAAUUUCAAGUUUAUUCAAAGCAUACCAUUCCUUAUCAAGCUCAACGCAGCUUAAUCCACUCUUCAGGCCAUUUUAGUCAGUAAACAUCAUCUUGAUGACAUCUUAUUUACAUUCACCUGUAUAUCAGUCUAAUCCAAUUAAGAGUUUUAAUUACUGAUAGCAGACUUUUACUGUUAUCUAAAAAGAGUAAUGGGUCAAGCAUAUACUGUAUCUUUGGGGACAACAAUAGUUAGAUUUUCACCAUCUGUGCCUUUUGUGCAGUUCUCCAAAGCAUCAAUGAUAAUGAUUAUAAUAACAUACUGUAAGCAAUGAGCAGAACAGAACCAUUCAUAAUGCAAGUUAUUGCAUCCCAUAAUAGAUCAUUGUAUUAUUAUUAAUAGUAUUAUGAUACAUAAUUGUUCUACUCAACAUGUCACUGUGAUUCUAGUAAUUUUACUGUAGUUCUCCUUUAAUCCUAAAUCUCUGACUUUGAUGCAAAUCAAUUAUCCUCUUUGUAUUAAAGAAGAGUCUGUUUCUCUUUCACUCAGUUGGAGUAAAUAAGUAUUAUUCCCAUCAGUUCAGCUUCCUCACAAACCAUGUUCCCUGCAUUUCUCCUGCUGCUGCUGGCAGCUGCCUCCUGUUUCUUUUUUAAAUACAUUUUACUAUAAACAUAAUCAAACUGUAUAAAUGUAUCAUGUACCUAAUGUUAGACCAUUUUCAAAUAUCUAGAUUUUUCCCCUGACAGGUAUGCAUGGUAUUGUUGACCCAGAACUCAGCAGCCAAGCUCAAUGGUUGUAAGGCCAAGAUAAUCUUUGAGCAUCACUUG